GUAAGAUGGCAGAGUAGCAACGUGAAGCUUUUAGUACUGAGUCUCUGGGUUGACUUUGGUUAGGGUCUGGCAGCAGCAGUGAUCACUGAACAAGGAGUGCCGAGGGGAACUGGCUAAGAUGCCGAAUAUCAAAAUCUUCAGCGGCAGCUCCCACCAUGACUUGUCCCAGAAAAUUGCUGACCGCCUGGGCCUGGAGCUAGUCAAGGUGGUGACUAAGAACUUCAGCAACCAGCAGACCUGUGUUGAAAUUGGUGAAAGUGUCUGUGGAGAGGAUGACUACAUCGUUCAGAGUGGCUGUGGUGAAAUUAACGACAAUCUAAUGGAGCUUUUGAUCAUGAUUAAUGCCUGUAAGAUUGCUUCAGCCAGCCGUGUUACUGCAGUCAUCCCAUGCUUCCCUUAUGCCCGGCAGGAUAAGAAGGAUAAGAGCCGGGCUCCAAUCUCAGCCAAGCUUGUUGCAAAUAUGCUCUCCGUAGCAGGUGCAGAUCAUAUUAUCACCAUGGACCUUCAUACUUCUCAAAUUCAGGGCUUUUUUGAUAUCCCUGUGGACAAUUUGUAUGCAGAGCCAGUUGUCCUGAAGUGGAUAAAGGAGAAUAUCUCUGAGUGGAGGAACUGCACUAUUGUUUCACCUGAUGCUGGGGGAGUUAAGAGAGUUACCUCCAUUGCAGACUGGUUGAAUUUUGACUUUGCCUUGAUUCACAAAGAACGGAAGAAAGCCAGUGAAGUGGACCGCAUGGUGCUGAUAGGAGACGUGAAGGAUCGGGUAGCCAUUCUAGUGGAUGACACGGCUGACACUUGUGGCACCAUCUGCCAUGCAGCUGACAAACUUCUUUCAGUUGGAGCCACCAGAGUUUAUGCUAUCUUGACUCAUGGAAUCUUUUCUGGCCCGGCCAUUUUUCGCAUUAACAAUUCAUGUUUUGAAGCAGUUGUGGUCAACAAUACCAUACCUCAGGAGGAUAAGAUGAAGCAUUGCUCCAAAAUACAGGUGAUCGACAUCUCCAUGAUCCUUGCAGAAUCCAUCAGGAGAACUCACAAUGGGGAUUCUGUUUCCUACCUGUUCAACCAUGUCCCUUUAUAAUAGAAUAACUUCUGAGGCUUUUAAAAAAAUAAAGUGAACCCGUUCCCUUCUUUGUCCUUGGUUCAAUGAAAAAUUCAGCAGAAGCCCCAGCUUGCUCCAGUAGCUUUCUGCAUCCCAUGCCAGGUAUAUUAACUUUUCUCCAAAAUUAGGGAAAGACAGACUGAGACUAACUACUAGGAUUUCCUACCUGCAUUAUUUCAUUCUGGCUUCUUUGCUUUUGUGGGCUUUGCAGCUUUAACUAUAGCUCAGCUUCUGCAAGAUUUCAGACUUUGAAGGGUAUUGUGUGGGGGUGUUUAUGUUUGGGGAACCUCAGACUACUUUUCAUAUGAAUGCUUCUGGGAUUCCUAGGUUCAGAACUACUAGCAACAGAGCCAACCCCAAAAUAAAUAUAAAAAGAAAAAGAACAAAGCUAACCCAAGCGCCCUCCCACCCCCAUAAUAUGUGACAAGUUCUCUAAGGUCUAUACUAAAUUACAACA